AGAAGACAGUUGGGAUAAUUUGCCAAAGCGCAUUUAAGGAUAUUAUACUUCCCCGUGAGCUCUACAAAUAGACCAACAGCAACCAUGUCAGCACACGCCAGCCUGCUCCUUCUCAUCACUGUGUGUGUGUCCAUGCAGGAAGGAUUGGGACUUCCACUGUCAGAGAGGCCUAAAUCCAGUGAUCUGGCUCCACCUCACAGAGUGCGGACCAAACGCUGUGCCUGCAACAACCAGCUGGACUCUGAAUGCCACUACUUCUGCCAUCUCGACAUCAUCUGGGUCAACACACCAAGUAAGACUACUGUUUACGGCUUGGGCAGCCCUCUGUCGCGUCGCCGUAGGUCCGCCGGUCGCUGUGUGUGUGCCGACUCUGACGACCACACUUGCACCAUCAUGUGCCAGGACAGGUGAGUAGGGGUCACAACAAUAGCCAAGACAACAUCACACACACCACCACCUCAGACAGACAGAUACUCAGUCACUGUGGAAUGUCCUAGUUUUAUUAGUCAGC